AGGACCGCGCCGCGCCGCGCCGCCCUCACUGCGCCUCGGUCGCCACGGUAACGCACCGGGGGCAGCGGCCUCGCCAUGAGCGUGCGGGUCGCGCGGGCUGCGUGGGCCCGGGACUGGGGCGCGGGCUGCCGCCGGGGCGCUUCGAACUUCCCGCUGCCUCCGCCGGGCGCCGUGAACGUGGCGGAGCUGCUGCGAGAUGCCACGGCCGCGGAGGAAGGGCCCCGGGAGGCGGCGGCGCGGCGGCGGCCGCCGGGCCAGUGCUCGGUGCUGCUCUUCCCGGGCCAGGGUAGCCAGGUGGUGGGCAUGGGCCGGGGGCUGCUCGGCUACCCGCGCGUCCGCGAGCUCUACGCCGCCGCCCGCAGCGUGCUGGGCUACGACCUGCUGGAGCUGAGCCUGCACGGGCCGCAGGAGGCCCUGGACCGCACCGUGCACUGCCAGCCCGCUGUCUUCGUGGCUUCGCUGGCCGCCGUCGAGAAACUGCAUCACCUGCAGCCCGCGGUUAUUGAGAACUGUGUUGCUGCUGCCGGAUUCAGUGUGGGAGAAUUUGCAGCCCUAGUGUUUGCCGGAGCCAUGGAAUUUUCUGAAGGUUUGCAUGCGGUGAAAAUUCGAGCUGAGGCCAUGCAGGAAGCCUCGGAAGCUGUCCCCAGUGGGAUGCUGUCUGUCCUUGGCCAGCCUCAGUCCAAGUUCACCUUCGCCUGUUUGGAAGCCCGGGAGCACUGCAAGACUUUGGGCAUAGAGAACCCCGUGUGUGAGGUGGCCAGCUACCUCUUUCCUGAUUGCAGGGUGAUCUCAGGACACCUGGAGACGUGGCUCACACUUCGGGUACAGCGUGCUGAGUUGUGCUGAGUUGACGGGCUCCCGGCACAGGACACCGAGACGCGGCGAGCCACAGUCUGCGUCGGCCAUGCCCGGGCAGACGAAGUACACUCGUGCCGGGAGGGCCCCAGGGAUGGGUGAACGAGUGCCAUCCAGCCAAACUCGAAUCCUUCCUGCCCUUUGGGGACACAAAGAGCCAUCCUGUUACAUACUUUUUUCCAGUGGACGUGGAUGGGCUUGGCCUACAAAAUCCCUGCUAACCCUUAUAUAGGGCUUAUGUGCCAAGCAGAGUUCUCCUUAGUAGCCUGGGAGGUAACUAUUGUCAUUAUCCCCAUUUCACAGAAGAGGGAACUGAGGCACGGAGAGGUAAGGCAAAACUGCCCAAGGUCAUACAGCUGCUGUGACCGAGGCUUCCCUUCGGUCUUCUAGGGAACGGCUGCCCAGCCUCUGAGCCGCUGCGGGUGGGGACAGCCUGGAGAGACCGGGCCGGACAGACGGUUUAGUGCCCUGGAAGCCCCGCAGCAGAUCCCAGUGGAGGGCCGUCGGGGUGGCAGGACCUGGGCUGUGUCCGGAGGGUAUAGGGUCCCUUAAGAAUAUCUACUACUUUUUAAAUAUUUGCAAAUGCCGUUGUUUGCAAACAGUCCCAAGUUUGGGCGGGUUAGCCAGGGAGGCCCCUUCUGAGCUGAGACCCCCUUCAGGAGAAGGCUUUUGGCUUCUGGGAGACAGAGCUCUUUUCUUCUCUAGAGAAAGCUCGGAAGAGGGGGUUCCAAUAGAAGGAAACGAGGCUUGGAGCCUCCCGAAUUUUUCUCUUGGGGUUUACGGAGUAUAAGGAAAGAGGCUCACGAACAAUUUCGGAGG